ACAUUGUCACAUUGACAGAUUAAAUGAUAGUCUGAUAGAAGUGUUUUAAGAAAAAUAAAAAAUAAAGAUUGGUGCCAAAUUUAGUUAUGUGCUUCACAUAUUAAAAUUUAGUGUAUUGUUGUACCCACUUUAAUUUCACAGUUUAUUAUAUUCACAUACGGCAAUUGAAAUGUCAAAUAUAUCUAAAAGAAAGAAAGAUGGAUCUAGAGCCAAGAUCAAGACAAUUGGAGAUCACAAAGAGUUUCUCAAGAGGAUCACUAAGACUCUUUAUUACGGAGAGUUACCAAGGCUGCCUUGUCUAAGUCUUCCCGUCACUGAGAUCUCUUGUAACCUCUGGUCCGUGUCUCAGCGCGGUCGCUCUCUCCGUCGUCUCCAUGUGGAUGCGGCGGCCGACAUCUCUCGCUCCGCCUGUGUCUCUCCCUGCGCUCUGGUCCUCGCUAUUCUUUACCUCGAACGACUCAAACGAUGCAAUCCCGACUACCUCUCUGCCGCAGCUCCAGUUGACCUUUUUCUUGUAUCGUUGAUGGUGAGCAACAAGUUUCUCCAGGACGACGGUGAAGAUGACGAAGUGAUAUGUUCGGAGUGGGCGGCCUCGGGCGGUCUACACCUCGACCAGCUCAAGAAGCUGGAAGUGGACUUUCUGAACGCGAUCGACUGGAGAGUUUUUGUGAGCGAGGAGUCUUUCGAGGCGGGCCUGUCCUGGUUGGAGCGGGAGGUGGCGCUGAAGCAGGCCAGAGCCCGAGGGUUCUUCACGUACGGUGACCUGGCGGCGGCGGGCGCGGGCGCGGCAGCCAGCGGAGCGGCUCGCGCUCUCGCCGCCGCCUGCGCAGCCUGUCUCGCUCCCCUCCUCGCCCUGUUGGCCUCCGCUCUGCUCCUGACCCACUCCCUACCCACGCCGCCCGUCCCCGCCACGACCCCUGCGGACCUGGCCGUCCACACUGACGCGUCCCCGCCCGUCAUCACUAGUGUCGUGGACCUGGUUCUGAACAAAACGCUGGCGGAGGAUCCCGUUCCGGACUUCACGACCCCCACGUGCUGCGACAGCUGGACUCAUCACCUGGAGCGAUCCGCGCCGAGACGCGAGUGGGACGACCAUAUAAUAAUCAACGAUUGGAAGUCGUCGGAACACUGGUGGUCGCGGACGGCCGUCACGACCUGGCUCUACCAGAUCUCUCUCGUGGAUCCCAUGCAGAGGUGGCUGGAGAAGACGUACCGGUACGCGGGCCUCCUCGAGCGAGACUCGACUCGUAUGGAGCCUGCGGAGCAUUACCUGGACGCGGGAGACGGUCGCAGGUCGUGCGCGCGGCCCUACCUGCAGCAGUGGCUCAACUUCAGUAAGCUCAGUGUGUACGUCGCCAGCGUGUCGGACAGGUGAACGCUCGCCCACAGCUCACAGUCGUCCGUCUCCGCAACUUGUAUAUUGGCACCUCUCUACCAAUCGAUCCAGCCUAGACUACAGAUAUUUAAAAGUUUCUCUUUACUUGUACUUGAAGUGUCGAGUGCGACCCAUGACACGGACUUUCCUUCUCUAUACGACCUUUCGGAGACGCCGGCCGCCGCCCGCUGCGACCCGGCAGCGACCGCUCGGUAACGUCCUCAGUGCUCCCUGCGCUCCCGAGCGGACCGCACCGCUCUCUGUAUAUAUUUUUGUAUGUCGUGUUAAAGCGUUGUUCAAAUAAAACGGCUCCAUAUUUA